GCUGAUGCCUCUCCCCUCUUCUCUCCGCUGCUUUAGUGUAGAGUUUCCAAUCUGUUGUUGUAUUUUAUUGUAAUACAAAAAAAUCUUCAGUUUAUUUUAAAAAUAUUUUUGAAAUAUUAACAUCAAUAGUGUAACAUAUUUAAUUUUCAAAUGUAACAGUUCUGUGGUUGCAAGUUAAACGAAUCAAAAAAAACUUAAAGAAAGUGGCCCUUUAAUUUUGUUUCAUAUAAGAUCCAAAAUGCCAGGCUUAGGAAGGAUGUCACUGGACAAUAUGUUUUGUACGAGGUGUGGAGAUGGUUUUGAGCCUAACGAGAAAAUUGUCAAUUCUAAUGGUGAACUUUGGCAUACAAACUGCUUUGUAUGUGCGCAAUGUUUUCGUGUUUUUCCUGAUGGAGUGUACUAUGAAUUUGAAGGGCGAAAAUAUUGUGAAAGAGACUUUCAAGUACUCUUUGCACCCUGCUGUGGGAAAUGCCGUGAAUUUGUGAUUGGUCGUGUUAUUAAGGCGAUGAAUGCAAACUGGCACCCAGCAUGUUUCCGUUGUGAAGAAUGUAAUAUGGAGUUGGCUGAUGCUGGUUUCAUUAAAAACGCUGGACGCGCUUUGUGCCAUACAUGCAACGCACGCAUCAAGGCAGACGGUUUGCAAAACUACAUUUGCCAUAAGUGCCAUGGUGUGAUAGACGGUGAGCCUCUAAGAUACCGCGGGGAAGUAUACCAUGGGUACCACUUUAUGUGUGCCACUUGCGGUGUGGAACUAGAUCACACCGCGCGAGAAGUCAAGAACCGACCUGGAUACGCUGCUAAUGAUGUGAAUAAUCUGUUUUGUCUCCGAUGCCACGACAAAAUGGGAAUACCAAUAUGCGGUGCGUGUCGCCGUCCCAUUGAAGAGAGGAUUGUUACCGCUCUUGGAAAGCAUUGGCAUGUUGAGCAUUUCGUUUGCGCUAAAUGCGAGAAGCCUUUCCAUGGCCAUCGCCACUAUGAGAAAAAGGGUCUUGCGUACUGCGAGCAGCACUACCAUCAACUGUUCGGCAACUUGUGCUAUGUGUGCAACCAGGUCAUUGCUGGCGAUGUGUUCACAGCGCUGAACAAGGCGUGGUGCGUGCACCACUUCGCGUGCUCAGUGUGCGACACCGCGCUGUCGACGCGCAGCAAGUUCUACGAGUACGACGAGCGGCCCGCGUGCCGCCGCUGCUACGAGCGCUUCCCACCCGAGCUGCGCCGCCGCCUGCGACGCGCACACCACUACACCAUGCGCAGGAACUAACGCACACACACGCACGCACGCACGCGCACACCCACACACACACACACACAGACACACACACACACACACACAAUGUAAAAUAAUAAUUAACUACGCCUCUUCCAAGAAUACAUACUGACACAAAUCUUUUCAAUUAUACUAUAUUGUUUACAUGAGGAUGUAAAUGCCAAUUGCAGAUACCGCAAUAAGACUGUAUACAAGAUAAUUUAUAUAUAAACACGCACACACCUUCGGGGCUAAGACUGCUAUUUAAGUAACAUGACAUAUUAUUUUUCGAUUUAAUAGCAUGUUGUGUUAUGCACAGAACAAUGCACCGUGUUGAGUGCAAUUGAAGCAUUUAUUAGCAGACUUGAGGCCCUCUUCUAAAAUAUUAUUUAAAACAAGAAUUAUAUGUGUAUUCCUAUGUCUAAUAAUUAUAAUUUUUUAAUCGUUUAUUUAAUAUAUGUACAACAUAAUCAACAUAAUUAAUCGAACUACUACAGAUUAAACAUAUUUUAGCCUUCUUAUUCAUUAGAAUUGACUUGAAUUAAGUAGCAUUUAAUUUUAAGAUUAAUUCACAAUAUAAUUUCUAAGUUAUUCUUAAAAUAAUUAAAAACAUUAGCUGUGGUUUAAGUGCCUAUAAAGUUUAAUAUUAUAUUAUAUUUUUGUGACUAAGAUAACAUCUGAAUAUUUCUAACCAUUAUAUUUUAUACUUUUUAUUAGUUUAGAUAUUAAGAUGAAGUUAUUUUGGUGCUUUACUAAUAAAACUGACAAACACUA